GCGGCAGCUGCUGAAGGUGCGGCUAAAGGAACACGGUGCCGUCGCCGCAGCAGCUAACGACGUUUGUUUUCAAGUCCCUGUUUCUCAACAAAAAUCGACAUUGGAUGGUUUUUUUUCCCAUUUAAACUGCAAUGUAGAAUUAGCUCAUUUGGUUAUCGAGAUUGUGAACGAGGAGUUUUAUUUGGGUCAACAUAUUUGAAAAUCGGCUAAUAGACGGCAGCUAGCGGGCUAGCUCUCCCCAGCACAUUAACCUACAUUUGACUCUCAUAAACCUUUACGAUGGCUGAUGUUGACAAGCUCAACAUAGACAGUAUCAUCCAACGUCUUUUAGAGGUCAGAGGAGCAAAGCCUGGCAAGAAUGUGCAGCUGCAGGAGAAUGAGAUUCGUGGAUUAUGCCUCAAGUCCAGGGAGAUCUUUCUCAGUCAACCAAUUCUUCUGGAGCUAGAGGCCCCUCUCAAGAUUUGUGGUGACAUCCAUGGGCAAUACUACGACCUGCUGAGGCUUUUUGAGUAUGGAGGUUUCCCUCCAGAGAGCAACUAUUUGUUUCUGGGCGACUAUGUGGACAGGGGGAAGCAGUCUCUGGAAACAAUCUGUCUUCUGCUGGCCUACAAAAUCAAGUACCCGGAGAACUUCUUCCUGCUGAGGGGAAACCAUGAGUGUGCAUCAAUCAACAGAAUAUAUGGUUUCUAUGAUGAGUGUAAAAGAAGGUACAACAUCAAGCUCUGGAAGACUUUCACAGAUUGUUUUAACUGCCUCCCCAUUGCUGCCAUUGUUGAUGAAAAGAUCUUUUGCUGUCAUGGAGGACUUUCACCUGACCUUCAGUCCAUGGAGCAGAUCAGACGCAUCAUGCGCCCCACUGACGUGCCUGACCAGGGCCUGUUGUGUGAUUUGCUCUGGUCUGAUCCAGACAAAGAUGUUUUGGGCUGGGGAGAGAAUGACAGGGGUGUAUCUUUUACCUUUGGUUCAGAGGUGGUAGCCAAAUUCCUGCACAAGCACGACCUGGAUCUGAUCUGUCGUGCCCAUCAGGUUGUUGAGGAUGGCUAUGAAUUUUUUGCAAAGAGGCAGCUUGUCACUUUGUUCUCAGCGCCAAACUAUUGUGGGGAGUUUGAUAAUGCUGGUGCCAUGAUGAGCGUUGAUGAGACACUCAUGUGCUCUUUUCAGAUUUUGAAACCAGCUGAGAAAAAGAAGCCCAACGGCAGCCGUCCUGUGACUCCCCCCCGCAAUAUGGUCACCAAACAAGCCAAGAAAUGAGAACAUCAGUGGGAAACUGAUGACCAGAGUCAAAUUUUCUCUGGUCUAAAUCUUCUGCAAUUGAAAGAUUGGUAGUUCUUCAAGCUGCCAAUACUGAAGAUAUCCACUCCUGCUCAAUGAAAGCAAAAUGUUUUAUUGUAUUGUCCACAGGGGUAAAUUGAUAAGUCACCAUGAAAAACCUCAGGUGUUUUGCACUCCAUUUGCAGCUAGUCUUUGCCACAUAUGACUGUUCAAUCAGGAAAAAUGUAACAACACAGCUACUUAUGCACAGGUAUGCCUUGUUUGAAGCUGUACACUUUUUCUUUUUCUUCAAUUUUUUUGUCUCAUCCAUUCGUCAUCUUUCUCUCACUGUCAGUAAUCGUUUAUUAAUGGCUAUAAGAUUGCAAUGUAAGUCAAAGACAACUGUUUACUUCUGUAAACUUUAUUUACACUUCAUUUACUGUCUGUCAUCUUAGAAUUGACAACACUGCAUCACAUUUCUAAAGUCUUGUGCUAAGUUAAAUUAAUAAGGAAGCACUCUUGUAAUGUUUGAAUCUUUCUAAUAAACCUUGGGUGUAAUUUAGGGGGUAAUUGGUAACUUAAUGUUAUUUGCUUCUUAAUCUUUUAUGCCUAUUAUAAAUUAAUAAACCAAAAUAAAAAAAGCUUGUAAACUGAGAGAUAUUGUUGCACAACAGUGAAUGGACAAGUUUCAGACGCAUUAUACAAUUAAAUAAUUUUUCAUGAGAAAAAUAAA